CCGUAGCCAAUCCACCAUCCCGGCUACUGCGGGCCUGCGGAACGGCGCCCCCCUUCCCUGCCCCUCAUCCGUCGCCAUGGACUCGCCGCCCUCGCUCUCGCCUGCCAUCCUCCCCUGCCCGGAUCUCCUUGCGGGCGCGGCGUCCUCCACCCGCCGCCUCGUCGCCGCCCACUCCCGCCACUUCCUCGCGCUCUCCUCGCUCCUCCUGCUCCCGCUCGCCCUCCUCCUCCUCGCCAUCCCCUGCCCCUUCCUCCCCGCCUCCGCCUCUUCCCCAGCCACGCACUCCGUCUCGCUCCGGGCCCUUCCGGAUCCGCGGCGGGACCCACUUCCAGUCCCGCUCCCGGUCCUCGCCCUCGUCGCUUCGCUCCUCUACCUCGCCGCCUUCGCCGCCGCCGCCGCCAGCGCGCACGCGGGCUUUUUCGGCCGCCCUGUCCGGCUCCUCGCCUCGCUCCGCUCUGUGCCGGCCUCCCUCACCCGCCUCGUCGUCACCGCACUCCCGGCCUCCCUCACCCGCCUCGUCGUCACCGCGCUCCCCGUCCUCGGCGCCGUCCUCCUAUCCCCAUUCUGGUCCCUCGCAGGCGCAGCCGCCGUGGUCGAAUCGACCGCCGGUUUCCGCCCGCUCCGUCGCAGCUGCUGGCUGCUCUGGGGGGCGCGCCUCGCCGCGCUCUUCGCUUUCCUGAUCUUCGCCGCUGGAAUCAGCGUCACGCUCUGGGGGUUCGGUGGGGUGGCCGCGGAGACGUACGAUGCUGCUGCUGGGUGGGCUGCCAUGGCGCCCGUGGUCGUCAAGGCAGUUGCUGGCACAUCGCUGCUUGCCGUGAUGCUGCUGUACAGGAUGGUGGCCAACAUUGUGCUGUACAUGCACUGCCGCGCGCUGCACGGGGAGCUCGCUGGGGAGAUCUAUAACGAGUUCGCGGACAUGUAUGUCUUCCUGCCCUUUGAUGAUGGCAAGGAUCGGCAUGUCGUCUCGGUGGUAACUGUCUGGCCGUGAUUGGUUUCACUGGGGGAGCAACCAAUGAAGCUUUUCGUCGGGAGAGCUGCGUAUCAAUAUAUUAAGAAGAAUAAAGGGGAAAAGAGCCCCAAAGAGUUACAGAAAAAAGGCCUGUAACUACGCUAGUCAACUAUUACAAGAAAAAGAAACAGGCUAGACCAAACGCUGGCUCCCUCUCUGAAAGUGGAGGAAGAAGAUGAGAGGAAAAAGAAGGACUCAGGAAGAGCACACGAAGUGGAGUUGUUUUUUUUUUGUGAGCUGCAGCUGCUCUCUUUUUUAUAGACACUCUUGGUCAAGCCAUCUGCCGCCCAAGUCAAAGGACCAGGCAUGACAAAACAUAGUAGCAGGAGCUCCCACUACUGCUCAAACAUGAUGACAAGCAUGAGCAUGGGUGGAGGAAGAAGAUGAGAGGAAGGACUCAGGAAGAGCACACGAAGUGGAGCUGUUUUUUUUUGAGCUGCAGUUGCUCUCCUUUUUUUUAUAGACACUCUUGGUCAAGGUGAGAAUUUACAAGGCAUGGCUCUAUAGUACAUUGCAGCCCCUACCUCUAACUACUACAGCUAUCUACUGUUACAAGUCACUGCUGUCAUAUAGUAAUAUGCAGCUACUACUAUAUGCUACAGCCAUCUGCCGCCCAAGUCAAAGGACCAGGCAUGACAAAGCACAGUAGCAGGAGCUCCCACUACUGCUCAAACAUGAUGACAAACAUGAGCAUGGGUAAUUAUCUAUCACUAUCCACUUAUCCAGUGACGGACCCAUUUUCCAGAGGAUAUUUUUCCUUUUAUUGUGCCUACUGCCUUAUUCUUCAUUGCAAGGUUUCUUCCCUUUGAGAUAUGCCUGCUGUUAGCACUAGACUUACCAAGGAAUUACAAAAUGGGCAUCACAAACUGUCUCUAAUGCCUGUAAAACAGGUCUACUGUAUUUUUGCAUUGCGAUUGCUAUAAGAUAUAUAUGGGUUCAAAUUAUUUAUGUAGGCUCAAAUUCUAAAACUCAUGUCUCAGUGUGGUUUUCUUGAAAAUGUCUCGGAGUGGUCAUCUAGAAGUUAUGAUGAUUAGGAAGGAAUAAUGGUCUUUUCGUCUUUGAGCUUCUGUGAUCCCUUUGCUUGAAAGCAUAGAAUUGGCUUUGUGCUAGUUUUGUUAUGUCUCUUAUCAGUUGUUCAUAUCUGGAAAAGGCAACUACAAUUUGCAUAGGCAGAGUUGCCCAUAGAAAUAGAAAUAAGUUGCCCAUAGAAAUAGAAAUAAGUACAACGGCUCCGAGUUGGAGCCUUGGUGGAUGCUUCUUGGAAACAUAAGUUGGCCUAUAGAAAACAGAUAACAAACAGCAGAAGAGGAUCCAUUGGUUUUAGUUUCAACAUCUUUGGAGUCCAGACAACGUACUCAGGUAAGGACCAUGACCCAACAUAUCAAUUGUUUUGUACUGGAAACAGGAAAUUAUUUGCCCAAUGUAUACUGUUACCUGCUUGUCCAUUGAAUAAUAAAGAGUAAAUUAGUAACUCCAGAUUUCUCUAGUGUUGGAAACUGCACUGUUUGAAUCAACUGUCGGGAUAGUAAGGGGGGCACCAAAUGGAUCUAGUUUCUACAAUUUAUCAUACAUACUGACUACCGAGCGACCAAAUAGAUAUCUACAGUCUAUCAUGCAUAUUUGCUACGAUUUCAGAUUCUGCUGUACGUGCUAAUUUUUCAUAUGUAAUGUGACCAUAACCUUAAAAUUCAGUGACGGACUGGGUUUUUUUUUCUUUCCAUAGAAAAUGUUCUAUCUAAUCUGCCUACUGCCUUAUUUUUCAUUUGAGUCUUUCUUUUCUCAUAGACUUCCACAAACUCUAGCUUUGGGAAAAAAGAGGAUCUAGGGGGCAGCUCCAUGAAUUUUGUGGAGCUCUUCAAAAGGUGCUCAAAAACCCUAUUUACAUUCCUCGUGGAGUUCUUGAGUAAUUACUCAUCUUUACCACUCGGUACAACAUACCAUUUUGCGAAAAACAAACUCGCCCGGACCUUCCUUCUUCCCAACCGUUGCUUCCUGUUCCUCGCCGCCAGCUCCACCUAGGGCGUUGCUGGCCGGAGGUUGCCGGCAAAAUGAGCCGCUGACCUUUCCAGACAUCAGGCCCUCCGUCCCUAGCGGCCAGGACCUCGGCGCGCUAGGGCACGGGACCAUGGCUGACGCCCUCUAGGCAGCUGACGCCCAGGUCGAAGAUGUGGAGAGCAUGCUUUUGGAGUUUUUCAAUUCAGUAUUAAUAUCCAGCACGACUGUUGAAAUGGAAGAGUACUGGAAGAAUAAUGAAGAUGAGCAGAUGGUCGUAUUUACUAUUGACUUGAAUGAGCAUGGGAGUCAUCAAUUGCUCUAUCUCAUCGGAAUGGUUAAAAGCUACUCCCUCCUUUCACAUUUGUAGGGCAAAUGAGCAAAAUCAGCUUUUCUAGAUAUAUAAAGGGUGCAGCCUUGGAACAAUCCCGUCCCUCGCCUCGGUAACCAUGUAAUUAAGCCCCUCGUCUACAAGGGGCGCUCGCGCGCUGCAUGCUUUCAUGCAAAUCUCCUGCAACAGGGCUGCAUGUCUUCAUGCAAAUCUGAAACGUGGCAUAGGGACGGGAGUAAGGGGUGUUUGGGAGCAUUUCACUCCAUGUUUUUUAGUUCCACUCCACAAAAGAAUAUUCAAACACAUCUAGCUGCUUCACUCCACUCUAUAAAAAAUUAGCUCCACUCUACCUUUUUUGUAGAGCUCCUCAAGAGGUACUUCACCAAAAACUGGAGUUAGUGAAGUUGGGUAAAAUUACCCAUCGUGCCAUUGGUUAUACAUCUCCUGUACCCCUUCGUGAAGGAAUAAAGAAAAAUUCGUUGCCUCGAUAGGCCGGUCAUCUCUUCCACGCCGCACCGUUGUGGGUUGCCCCUCUCAUCCCCUCCGUGCGUGGCGCCCCCCUCUCCUCCGCACCGUGGGCAGCACCUCCGCUGGCCUGCCCUCCCCUCCGCGCGGGGCACCGCCGGCCGGCCAUACCCUCUGCGCAAUUCCUCAACUCCGCGAGGCCGUCGCCGGCCAGCCCUCCCCUCUGCACGGCGCCGCCCCUCACCCGCCGGCCCUCCCCUCCACGAGAUUCCUCACCUCCACAAGGCCAUCGCUGGCCGGUCCUCUUCUCGGCACAGUGCCGCCCCUCCCCUGCGAACGGGGCACCCCUUGCCGGCCCUUCGCUUUGCGUGUGGCGCUGCCGGUCAGCCCUCCCCUCCGCGCGCGUCGCCACCCCUCUUCUCUGCGCGGAGUGCCGCCCCUCGCCUGCCCUCCGCCACGUCGCGCCCUUUGGCCGGCCCGUCCUCCACCACUCGUCAAGGUCACAACGGGUAGGAGCGGAAGCACAACAGUAGCAGAGCCCUAGGCACUGACGUGUGGGGGCCACCAGGCAGAGUUGUUCUUUUUUUGGAGUAGAGCUCUCCCAAACAAAAUUCAAUAGAAUUGGUGGAGUGGAGCCAUACUAUGGAGUGGAGCUGUUGUUUUUGGAGUGGAGUGCUCCCAAAUAGGCCCUAAAUGCUAGCGCACGACCCAGUCCUGCCUUGGUCUCUGGAGUAGGAGCUCAUCCGCCCUACAAAUGUGGAAGGAGUACAUGCCUUUGCCUUCCUCCCGCAUUGCAUGCAUAAAGAUGGACACAUGUUGAUCUCCACAAGCCCCGGCUAUUUUGCAAAAACCCCUCAUUAUGCGUAAUAAUCAUAACUAAACCCAGCUCUGCUGGCCCGUACAGCUCCCGCAUUCAUAUAUUUCCCGUGUAGACCCUCGUACUAAUGUUUAUCUCGACAAAGAAAAGAAAAUUCGAUAAUACUAUUGUGUUUACAAAAAGACUCCUGCUAUACAAUUUUACAGUUACCCCCUCCCGCAGCCACCAAACCCUAACCCCAUCUCCCCGCACCGUCUUCUCCCUUUCUCUCCUGUUCCCAGCGUCCGCCCUCUCUCUCCCUCCCGCCGCUGCCUCCCCUCACCUUCUCCCUCUCUGCCUACCUUUGUUGCCUUCCCCGCUGGCGCUCAUCCUACUCGCCGUUGCAGCUGCCAACUCCCGCAGGAUCUGGAUCCGGUGCGGGGCAUGGCUCGGAGGGAGGAGGGCGUGAUCCGGCUGGCCACGGUGAUGGUGAUCGGACGGUGAUGCCGGGCGGCCACGGUGAUGCCGGCCCGGCAAUGGAGGAGACGCUGCAAGGAGAUCGUCUACCCAGGACAAUCAAUGGAAAUUACUUGAAGAAGUACUACCGCAACGUAUGACAAGAUGCAUGAAGAUAGAGAUGGCCAAUAUAUUAAUAUCGCCCUUAGCAUUUUUUUUGGGCAGGUGCAUUCUGUUCAAUACGUGUAGAAUAGACUAGAUUUUGAUACUUGCUUUUUGGCUUGUAAAUAAAACUCACCAAAAAACAGGUGGGGGCAUAUGUUGACAGCCACAAUUGGCAUGCACUAAGGCCGACCGGUCUGAGCCUGUAAUCUGAGUAGAUUUAGAUUUAGAGAUAAGAUUCCUUUCGUAAUCGACUCGUGAAGGAGUACGUCUUCCCCAGCCUAUAUAUAUGAAGGAUAAAGCCGAUUGAGGUUAUUCUCAAUCGAAUCAAUGCAAAAUGCAUUACUUUUUAUCUCUCAAAUCCUAGCCCCUUUACAAACCUAAUUGUUGUUCUUCUUGCGUCUCGACGGUGUUUGAAGGCGUUUUAAGUGGUCUGACCGAUCUUAUAACAACCCUAUUUCUUCGAGUUCCAAUGGGGUCCCUCCCAAGCUUGAGGUGGUAGGUUUACGCGAGGUUCUGCUGGUAACCAGUUUGACUGGUUCAUCCCACCGAUCUGACCGGUCAACGCAAGAUUUCGUUGCUGUAGAUUAUUUUGACGUUCACCGCGCGUUCUAGUGCAUCCGAGUGUGUUUGACGUGAUUUUGUGUCAAUAGGUAUACUGAUUAGUGAUAGGAAUAAAAAGAUAUCAAUACAUUAUAUACAAAAGCUUCAAGUUUUGGAGCAAUCCUAGCGGCCUUGCAUUGUUAUUAUUCACGGGUCCCAUACUCAACUAUUCAAGGAACUCGUUGAUAUGUUGGCUCCACGAGGAUCCACUAAUAGAUGUGGGUCCCUUUAAUAUUUGUUUAAAAUACUGUGACUGACAAUGUUCCGGUCCCAUGGAUCUACAUAAUUAUUUAUGUUACUCUUUUUACAGAAAACAAUAUCAGCUUAGAGCCCUAAUAUGAAAAAAGUUUUAGGGGCAGGUAAAAAUGUAUUUUCUAGGGGUGGCUGCAGUAGGCACCUUGUUUCUCACAGGUACAAAAUGUUGUUUGCAAGGGUGGGUAACGCGACCGCCCCUAAAAACCCAUUUUCAGGAAAAUCCAUUUGUAGAAGCGGGUCAGUUGUUACGCCCGCUCCUUUUGUAGGAGCGGGUUACCUUUUGACCCUCCCCUAAAAAAGGAUCGGGAUGUUCCUAUAAAUUAUUUUUAUAGUACCGGAGUUAAUAGUCGAUCGGUUUAACAUGUUUUUGUAUGAAGUCACAUAUAUUGGACCCAUUAACAAGCGGGUCCACAUAAUAUGUAUGGUUUAUUUUUUUUUGAAAUAAACAACAGCUUAGAGAAAAAAAUUGGUUUACCUACUUACUACAAUUUAUAUAGCAUGCUAAUAUGACUAGUUCAACUAAUCAUUUAUAACGGCCAAACCAUCGUACAACCCGAAGAGGACAUACUACUUCGUUAUUAAGUAAAAAACAAAGACAUGGACGUUGUCCUUAAAUUAGAUGCAAAUUUGACAAUGAAUACUCAUAUGCCAAUUACCGAAGAAAAUUGGAGCACUUCAAAUAAUUGUUUCGUACACAUUUUUCGACACAUUUAGUCACUUUAUCUAGAUAUGGAAUUAUAUAAAUUUUACAUGCAGCUGGGAAGCAUUAGAGAACCACAACCAAACGCUUCAACAGGCCUAUCGAUCAGCCAUAGGAGUUUGGCCUAGUAACAAGACUUGUGACAUGCCAGAAGGGAUCCAAGUUCCCCAAUCUUGAGAGAAGUCCAAUACCUCCAGUAAGUUAUCAAAUUCUUUUAUAUAACCACCAACCAUACUGUAUUCCAUUCCUUAAAAAAAAGUAAGAAAACAUACAGUAUUCCAUUGACGACUCGUGAGAGAUUGCAAAUUGGAUGCCAUUCAGAUAAACUGUGAUCAUUUCAACUGAGAUAGUAUAUAUUAAACAUGAUGGUAGUUUAUGCAAACAUCGUGUCAUUCUAAUAGAAAGCGUCGUGUCACUAUCAGCGCAAAUGAUCUAAAAAUCCUGUUACUAGUGUUAGACACGCAAACAACAUUGAAGAAACCAUGAGGCAAUAAGCAUGGACCGGAGAUAUAUGUAGGGUUUGUAGCUAUUUGAUCAGUUUGAAUAUUCUAUUGACUAGUAUCAUUUAGUAACAAUAUAUGAGUAGAUCGAUAUAAUUUGUCAACUUUGCCCCAUGGAAAAUAUGGCUCACCUUGAGAAAAAUGAAAUCUACGAGCAGCACGCAAUUCCCUCGUGUUCAUGGAUAGCUUUGAUGUUCCUUGUCGUACCACAACACUGCGACCUCUGAAUAUAAGCCGCACAUGUCAACAACACUCAUAGGCAUGGCUACCUUACGUGUUCCAUUCCAACUAACUGACUAAUGUACCAGACAGCUCUAGCAUCCUCUGUCCCUAUAUAUAGAACCUCUUGCUCAUUAACUCUCUCACACACAUCUGACCAAAUCACAACCAUAACAGUUUUUCUUCUGAGAGAUAUCAUCAACCACAUCUUUUCCAUCAUCAGCUACUACUCUCUGGUCAUACACGCACAAGGCUAGGGCAUGGCUCGAUAUUGGUCGCUGGUUCCACCUUUUGGUCUCAUUGCGGCCUUCCUUCUCGCCUAUGUUGCUCAAGCCGCUGUCGUGGAGCACACCUUCAAUGUAAUCGAGUUAAACACAUGCACCAAUAUGCUCAUGCAUCCAUGUAGUUCUUUUUCCAUGUGAUGUUUGGCAGAUGUUUAGAUAGGUUUGCAUACAUCAAGUGAAGGGCUUAUAUUUGCAGUAAUCUUUCUCUUCAUUUGUUUACAUGCAUGUUAAGUUAUCAGGGACUACAUGUAGCAUGUCUCAUUAUAUAUAUAAAAAUAUAUAUAUAUGUACUUGUUGUGUGUGUGUCUAUAUAUAUAUAUAUAUAUAGUAUUGCUAUAUGGUACCCAAGGUCCAAAUAGCUAUUCGGUCCCCAGCUUCCUUUUACCGAGGAGCCGAACAAGCUGGUUCCGAGCCGAUGGCUUCCCCUCCGCUCCCACCUCGCUCCCACAGCCGGCGCCCGGCGGUUUUACGCUCGCCGUUCUUUCCACUCCCCUCCCCCACCUCCCAGCGGUUCCCAGCUCCCCGGGUGUCAUGCCGCUCCGAAGCUCCCCCACCGACACACGCAGCGCCAUUUGCUUUCUGAGGCCGGGAGCAGAAGGUCGAGUCGCCGCUCCCGUGUUCAGCGCCAGUGUCGCUGCAGGCUCUUCACCCGCCGGCGUCGCCCCAAGCUCUUCACCCGGCGCCGCACUAGAUUCUGGACCCGCCGACACCGCCCCUUUCGGAGUUCUCCGUCGGCGUGCCUUAUCUCCCCUCCCGCACUCAGGUACGGAGGCGUGGGUGCGGCGUACGUAGGCGCUGCCGCUUCCUUCACCUGCACCAGCGGCGGAUCCGGCCUCGCCUGAGCCAGACGCCGCGCCGCCGAGGGCCGUCCCCACCACCGACGCUAGCGGCAUCCAUCCACUAGCGGUGUCUCGCAUGGUAGGAGGAGGCUCCCCAACCGGUGUCUCGCGGAGGCUCCUCCUUCCCCGACCGGCGGCGGCGCUAUCUCCUUCCCCGAGCAGCGGCAGCUCGUCUUCGGUUUGAUCCAACGGCAGCUCGUCUUCAGUUUACUGGAAGUGCUUCUAUGGAUUAUUAAAUCUGCAAUUGAAGAAACUGGGAGUGAUGUUAGAACAGAUCAACUCAGACUGUCUGGAAGACACUAAAGAGUGGAAAGGUCAAGAACCCCUGGCCGAAUGCUGAUGUUCACAGGACUUUUGCUGAACCACUUUGGACUAUUUGAAGCACGGUAUGUUUAUGUUUGUCAUUUAGAUACCAGUUUAGUCUCUCUUUUCGUUUACUCAGCAAACCUAGUUCUGAGUGAGCUCUCAUGUCUGGAACACUAUCUGUGCAUGUAUCACACUGUCUUGUUUGGUGUUUCGAGAAGCAUGGGCAUAGGAUUCUCAGCUCAUCUGGGACCCUGCCCUUGGCCUGCCACUUGAGAGGCCGAAGAGUGUUACCAUGGAGUGGCUGGAGAACUACUGCAAGAACAAGGCUACUUGAAGCUUGUCACAAAUGCUGGCUUUUCCCAACCUUAUGGUGUUAAUAAUUAAACAUGGGUUAUAGAAGUAGUCAUUUCCGGAUUUCCCCCUUGGCUGUUGAAUAACGCAAGAGCACGAUGCCCUCAGGCGGUAGAAUUUUCUAAUCUUCCUUCACUCGUGGACAUCGAGAUAUUUGAUUUGCGGCAACACUGGCAUAAGAGAUUAGGACAUGCUAAUUAAUCUUUACAUGUCAGCAUUGCAGAAGUGAUUGGGUUGACUAGCAUGAGGACGAGAGGUACGACUUGACAAAAUCUAUAUAAGGGAGGAGAUUUAUUUACAUAGCUAGCAAUACCACUACUGCCGUACACUGUACCCUCCAGAUGCACAGGAGCUUAAUUGCAUCUUUAGCAGAUCUGUAGGGAAAAUAUUUUCACAAUAAACUUUGUAAAGGAAGCGUAUCGAGAUUCAAGAGGAAUGAAUCAGAAGGUGUUUUCCUA